AUGGCAAGCCUGGACCCCUUAUGUCAUAGCCUGGGCUCCCUGUCCACUGAGUGGAGUCAGGCAAGCGUUGUCGCACAUCCGGUGCGCAUGCUUUCAACCCCCUCCCCAGUUUCCGUCGUCUGGACGAGCGAAAGCAAAUGGACCGAACAACUACCCGCCUUUAUACCCUGCAAGGUUCCACUUUCAGCUCUGUGUACUCGCCUCUGUUACGUCGAGACUGUGCAGUUCUGCGCACACCGCUUACUCUAUGUGGCUCAUGGGAUGGCUACAAAUUACGCCUGGCGCGCAGAUCGUAAAUGUCAACACUGGGUGUGGAUUGUGCUUAAGGGCUGGGCACAAGACUCUGCAGGUGAGAGGGCGAACACCAAAGAUACUGCGCUAAGGAACCGUAAAAAAUGUUUCUAUGUUCCUAGGAAUAACUACGAGGUCGCUAUCGAGUCCAUCCGGCAUGACCUUGCAGAGAUGAAAGCUAAGCGGGAACAGAGCCUCCAAAUGGUCACCGACCUUACGGCUAAGCUGAAGUCGCUGGAGGAGACCAAGGAGGAGCAGCGGAGUGAGAUUUCCUCCCUAAGGGACCGCAUUAGUGAAGUCGUCGACCAGAGGGAUAAUCUUCGGCAGGAAUUCAUGGAAACCAAGAAGAGUCUCCUAGAGUGCCAGCGGGAGAAGGAAGCCGUCCUGGAGACGCAGAAAACAGUGCAGAGCAAACUAAAGGAGGUGCAGGCUGAGAACGCAGAGAUCAAUCGUGCCCUUCAAGGCCUUCGCCAGCGCUGCUCAGGUGGGUGCCAUUUUUCCUUCAAACAACACAUUUCAGAAAUGCCCACAGUUUUCGAAUCUAUUUCUUUUUUUAUUUAUUUAUUGCCGGUUUACAGGCAAAGUUUUAACAUAAGCCUGGUCUUCAAAAAGUGA